AAACACAAGAAAAAAAUUGCUAAAACCCCUCCCAUCCUCUCUUCAUAAACCUUUCAAUUUAACCAGCCUCUCUUUUUCUUGAUUCUUUCAUACCCUUUACCGCCAUACCCAAUUCCCCCAACUCUUCCCCUACAUACAUAUGUGCUGUAUCUAUAAUUUUAGAUUGUUCUCUAUUUCUUGAAACUGGGUAUUGUUGUGUUUUGAUUUUUAAGCCUUCUUAAUUUAUUUGAUUUGGGUUUUUGAGGGUGAAAAUUUUGAAGUUAGAGAAGAUGUGGGCAAGAGUUGGGGUCAAAUUUAUGAGACAGAAUUUGGGUCAGAAGCUAAAUUUAGGUUCAAGAUUUUAUUCUGCUGCUGCCAGGCCUAAGCUUCCUCAGUCUUCCAGAAAGGGAAGAUUGUUGACAGGAGCUACUAUUGGCUUGCUUAUAGGUGGGGGAGCUUAUGCAAGUACGGUGGAUGAAGCUACAUUUUGUGGAUGGCUAUUCUCGGCAACAAAAGUUGUCAAUCCAUUCUUUGCGUUGCUGGAUCCAGAAGUUGCUCAUCGAUUAGCUGUGGCAGCUGCAUCUCGUGGUUGGGUUCCAAGGGAAAAGAGACCAGAUCCAUCAAUAUUAGGACUAGAAGUUUGGGGAAGGAGGUUCUCCAACCCUAUAGGUCUUUCUGCUGGCUUUGAUAAAAAUGCAGAGGCUGUUGACGGCUUGCUUGGGAUAGGUUUUGGCUUUGUCGAGGUUGGGUCAGUAACCCCUGUGCCACAGGACGGUAAUCCCAAACCCCGUAUCUUCAGAUUAAAGAGUGAAGGUGCUAUUAUAAACAGGUGUGGUUUCAACAGUGAAGGAAUUGUUGCUGUAGCAAAACGAUUAGGUGCUCAGCAUGGUAAGAGGAAGUUAGACGAAACUUCAAAUACCUCAUCUUCCUCUAGCGAUGAAGUCAAACAGGGAGGGAAAGCUGGACCUGGAAUUCUUGGAGUAAAUCUUGGGAAGAACAAAACCAGCGAAGAUCCAGACGCAGAUUAUGUUCAAGGCGUUCAUACAUUGUCGCAGUAUGCUGACUACUUGGUAAUUAAUGUUUCAUCACCAAAUACUCCUGGAUUGCGGCAGCUUCAAGGAAGAAAGCAGCUAAAGGACCUGGUGAAAAAGGUUCAAGCAGCUCGUGAUGAAAUGCAAUGGGGUGAGGAGGGGCCACCACCACUUCUUGUAAAAAUUGCCCCAGACUUGUCUAAGCAGGACUUGGAAGAUAUUGCAGCUGUUGCUCUGGCUCUUCGCUUGGAUGGAUUGAUAAUAUCAAAUACAACUAUAUCAAGACCAGAUUCUGUAAGUAAAGACCCUUUAGCCAGUGAAUCUGGUGGCUUAAGUGGGAAGCCACUCUUUAAUCUUUCCACUGAUAUCCUGAAGGAAACAUAUAUUCUAACAAAGGGAAGGGUUCCUUUGAUAGGUUGUGGCGGAAUUAGCAGUGGUGUGGAUGCGUACAAAAAGAUAAGAGCAGGUGCAAGUCUUGUUCAGCUUUAUACAGCAUUUGCAUAUGGAGGACCUGCUCUUAUACCUCAGAUAAAGGCAGAACUUGCGGAGUGCUUAGAAAAGGACGGCUUCAAGUCUAUUUAUGAAGCAGUAGGAGCAGAUUGCAGAUAGUUGCAGAUUACAGUUUUGGUAUUUGUACAAGUUCAAACACAAGGGAACGGCCACGUACGCUGCCCCAUGAUAACUUAUACGUUGAUCUUUGCUCAAUCGAUGUGGUUUUCCGCUCUGGAAGGUUGCGUUAGAAUGUACUCUAAAAGAUAAGUUUUUACCAAAAGAAACUAGAAUAGGUACUAGGUGGGGAUGCUACUUAGCUUCUCUUGCAAUAUUAUACAUGGUUCUUGUUUUUCCUUCUCUCAUUUGCAGACAAUUUCGUGAUGAGAAGUUAAUGUAACUCGUAACCAUUAAUGAUACAAGUUUUAAUGGAAAAUUUUCA